GCCCUACUUGAUUGGACGAGCUCCAAGAUAAGGUAUACGCCGCACCACCCAUGACGAUGAUACCAGCUGCAGGUAUUUAAAUACUACCUUGAAUCUACUCCAUAGAACGACGCAGCUGAGUGGUGAUAAACAAAAUCACCUUCUAUAAUCUUCUUAUGCUUCGACGCAAGAUUCGCGUCCCGCUGCUGAACCUAUGCCAUGUUCCCGGCAUCCCACCCUACCCUGUCUUAGGGGUGGUUCGGAACGCGCCUACGAAGCCAAUAGGUAGCUUCAACGUCAAUUCCACCGGUUCAAAUUGCCAAUGAUCGCGAUUUGUACCUGAAAGAUCCCGGUACUGCAUGUAUGUAAUCAAGUAAAGCUAUGGUAGGUAUAUAACAUGUGCCCAUCUCAUUUCCUGACUUUUUGAUCUGCUUUGCGAUCUUCCCUCUUUUCCACCCAACAACCAUCGCCAGAGUCAAUCCAAUAUCUCCUCAAACCAGGACAUCAAAAUGACUCGCCUCGCACCGCUAGCUCUGCUCUCCGCCGCCGCCCUUCCAGGCGCUAUGGCCUGGGGUGCAAUGGGCCACGAGACCGUAGCUUACGUGGCUAGCAACUAUGUCGGAUCGGCCGCGAAGUCAUACUUCCAGGACCUGUUAGGUGACACGUCGGCGGACUACCUAGCGAGCGUUGCGGCAUGGGCCGAUAGCUACCGGUACACGACAGCGGGCAAGUUCUCGGCACCAUACCACUACAUCGACGCCAACGACAACCCGCCGUCUAGCUGUGGUGUUGAUCUCGACCGCGACUGUGCUGAUGAGGGUUGCGUCGUGUACGCCCUUCAGAACUAUACUUCUCAGCUCAUCGCUCAGAAGGUUAGCAAUGCGAAUUUGCAGAUCGCUGCUAAGAUGGUCAUUCACUUUGCUGGUGAUAUAGGACAGCCGCUCCACUGCGAAGCUCUAGAUGUGGGUGGUAACGACAUUGACGUCUCAUAUGACGGCGAUGACACGAACUUGCACGCUGUUUGGGAUAGCAACAUCCCCGAAUCCAUCUCGGGCGGCAGCUCCGAGUCUUCUGCCAAAUCUUGGGCUUCGACUUUGGUUACCAAAAUCGACUCCGGCGAAUACAAGUCCCAAGCAUCCGGCUGGAUCAGCGGACUAAGCGUGGGUUCUUCGGACGACCAAAUCAGCACGGCGUUGAAGUGGGCUACUGAAAGCAAUGCCUACGUGUGCUCGAUCGUGCUCAAGGAUGGCGUUAGCUCAAUUGAGAAUACAGAUGUUUCUGGUGAUUACACCACGGCCGCCCAGCCUGCUGUUGAGCUCCAAAUCGCCAAGCAGGGCUACCGUCUUGCUAAAUGGCUCGAUGCCAUUGUCGCUGCGCAGUAGCGAAUGAUCUGAUGGCUUGGGUGGGUGGAUGGCGAUGAAGAGUUAUGAGGAAUG